GAAUGAUAGGGUGUGAGGAUUAAUUGUAGGUCCAUCAUUAUUCACCAGGGGAAAAAAAACACAUUUAUUGGGAGAAAACUCGUAAAAUUCAGCAGCAAAAUUAACGCAUUUCCCUUGAAAUCGCACUGAACUCAAGUGCGGCGUACUCUGUCGUUGGACGCCAUAAACCUCAGAAAGUCCGAUUGAUACUGGUGCGUGAAAAGUGCUGAGGCACAAUGAGAUUGGAGAAAUGUUGGUUUUGUUCUUCAACCGUAUACCCUGGACAUGGAAUCCAGUUUGUCCGUAAUGAUGCAAAGAUAUUUCGGUUUUGUAGAUCAAAAUGCCACAAGAACUUCAAAAUGAAGAGGAAUCCUCGUAAAGUGAAAUGGACCAAGGCAUAUAGACGAGUCCAUGGAAAGGAUAUGACACAGGAUUCAACCUUCGAGUUUGAGAGGAAACGAAACAGGCCCGAGAGAUACGACAGGAAUCUUGCUGAUAAUGUACUCAAGGCCAUUCCUAAGAUUGAUAAGAUCAGAGUCAGUAGGGAGGAGAGACACCAUAAGAAUAGGAUGAAAGAAAACGAGGCGAAGGGGCAGAGGGAGGCAAAGAAGGAGUUGGAGCAGAGCAUCAGUUUGGUCAAAGCUCCUUCCGCAUUACAACAAGAUCCAUCUCUCACCUUACCCAAGACCAUAGUCAAGGUUUCACAACAGAAAUCAGAGGAGAAUCCUCUCAUGGAAGAGUGAUUCUAUCAACCUUGCACUUUUUUGUUGUUGUUGCUUUGUUCAGUUUAAUAUUUGUAGCUAUAUUAGAUGCCUGCCUGCUUUAUGUCCCAAUUGCCGGUUGAUUGCGAUCGUUGAUGUGAGUUGUUGGUUGUGGUUUUCAAACAAAAUUUGAGUGAAGUUUGGUGUAUUGCCUCUUAGACUGGUUCUAUGAGAUAGUGAACUAUUCUAAAGAAAUUUUGAAACAUGUUGGCCAAGAUAGAAUCUUCUUUGAUGUAGCAUAUUUAUUCUUUUUUGGUAUAAAUUGGAUAUCUUAUGUAUGCA